CAUUAAACGGAGUAGACCAAAAUCCCAAACAAGGAAAUGGUGGGGGAAUAAAACGACACGAUUAUUUAAUUAAUGCAUGUAAUAAUUAAUAUUUUAUAUUAUUGUAAUUUAGGAAAUAUUUAUGGGUUAAAAUGGAUUACGACUUCAAAACAAAGCUCGCGGCCGAACGAGAGAAGGUAGAAGAUCUGUUCGAAUAUGAAGGUUGCAAAGUGGGUCGAGGCACAUACGGGCACGUUUAUAAAGCUAAGCGCAAAAACGGGAAAGAUGAGAAGGAGUAUGCACUGAAGCAAAUUGAAGGAACUGGAAUAUCGAUGUCUGCUUGCAGGGAAAUUGCUCUGCUACGAGAGCUGAAACACCCCAACGUGAUCGCCCUGCAGAAAGUGUUCCUGUCCCACAGUGACCGAAAGGUCUGGCUCCUUUUCGACUAUGCCGAGCAUGAUCUCUGGCACAUCAUCAAGUUCCACCGAGCCUCCAAGGCCAAUAAGAAGCCCAUGCAGCUGCCGAGAGGGAUGGUCAAGUCUCUCCUAUAUCAGAUUCUGGACGGGAUCCAUUACCUUCAUGCCAACUGGGUGCUUCACAGGGAUCUGAAACCAGCCAACAUUCUGGUAAUGGGGGAGGGCCCAGAACGAGGACGGGUGAAAAUUGCUGACAUGGGCUUCGCCAGACUCUUCAACUCUCCACUCAAACCACUGGCGGACCUUGACCCUGUCGUGGUGACGUUCUGGUAUAGGGCGCCUGAGCUGCUGCUAGGGGCCCGACAUUACACCAAAGCAAUCGACAUUUGGGCGAUUGGCUGCAUCUUUGCGGAGCUGCUGACGUCCGAGCCCAUCUUCCACUGUCGCCAGGAGGACAUUAAGACCAGUAACCCCUUCCACCAUGACCAGCUGGACAGGAUAUUCAGUGUCAUGGGCUUCCCAGCAGAUAAAGAUUGGGAGGACAUCAGGAAGAUGCCCGAGUACCCCACCCUUCAGAAAGACUUCAGGAGAACGACGUAUGCAAAUAGCAGCCUCAUCAAAUACAUGGAGAAGCAUAAAGUCAAAUCUGACAGCAAGGUUUUCCUGUUGCUCCAGAAACUCCUCACAAUGGACCCCACCAAAAGGAUUACUUCUGAACAGGCACUGCAGGACCCCUAUUUCCUGGAGGAGCCCUUACCAACCUCAGAUGUAUUUGCCGGAUGUCAGAUACCUUACCCGAAACGAGAGUUUCUGAACGAAGAUGAGCCGGAAGAGAAAACAGAGAAGAACCAGGCCCAACAGCACCAGCAGACGACAGCCCAGGCCCAGCAGCAGAGCGGCACCCAGCAAGCCUCCACCCAACAGAACUCUGCCCAGACCAACGGUAACACAGGUGCUACGGGAGCCAACAAAAGUGGAGGCCUCCAGCACGGCCAGGACCAGGGGCCCCCAAACAAGAAACCUCGGAUCGGGCCCUCUGGGGCCUCCUCCGGCACUGGGGUCCACCAGUCCGAGUACCAGCACUCCAACUCCCGCCUUGGAUACCAAAGCAACGUCCAAGGUUCCACUCAGUCCCAGGGAUACUCGUCGUCAUCCCAGCAGAGCUCACAGUACUCCCACCAAUCACACCGCUACUGAGGCUCCGAGAACUGCUCUCCAAAUCAACAGCAGGGGCCUCUCCCAAACUUAACCCUCGACCUCAAACAAACCUUAGCAUAACCUCUUAUCUCCCUCAUCCUGAUCAGACCUCAUCAUGUGUCAGAUCAUUUCAACAACUCAACAGUCAUUUCUCUCCUCUUUCAUGCCAGCCUUACUACACAGAGUGACCCUGGCCUCACUUCCACCCAAUGCCCUCACACUUACCGGAGGGCACUGCAAUAUGAAGGCGAACUCAACAUAGGAACCAAAAACAAACCCUACCACCUAAGGGCAUCGGGCAAGAUUUUCUAUUAUUAUUAAGUGACAAAAUCUGUUGAUACUAGAUUAUGAGAAGGAAAACUCAUCAGGUGCAACUUUGACUACACACGCCUACUACACAAAGACUACGAGUCACAGCACUUACAAAAAACAUGUUCUUCAAGAGGAAGAAUUGCAGCUCUGUUCAUAUAUAUAUAUAUAUAUAUAUAAAAAUACUAUAUAGCACCUUUUUCUAUUCAUUUAACAAGACACUUUUUUUUGCUUGUUUGCGAAGUGGAGUUUAAGUUUACUUUGAUCGUUGACGUUUUUGUAAAUGUUGUUGGAUAUUGACAAAGGAAAAUAGCCCUUUACUAUCAUCACUUUCCUUCGCGGUACAUUUAUUUACCCUGGAUAUCUAUGAUAUACAGAUAACAAUCAAAGCAAAAGAAAGAAAAUGAGCCAACACUUUCCUGUUGAGAAAACAAGACAGAAUCUCCUAUUCUCCGGUUGGCUUGGAAUCACAUUUGUAUAAGAGAACGUCUUAAAACUAUGAAAUACACCAUUUAUUUUAAUCUUGUUAUAUUAAUAUUUAGGGUUUUCUACUUUUAGGCAUUUUGUUUGUCUAUAUUUGUAGUCUAAAAGUCUGCAUUGGAAGGAAAUGUUUCUGCAGCAGGUUAUGUAAUCUGUAAUUGUCUCCAACAACUCUAGGUACCGCCUGUCGUCAGACAGGUUACAACUACCAAGCUACUCUUUACCAUGGGGUCGUGUCCACCAAGGAAACAUUUGUUGGUGAAUCUGAACGAUCUCAUUUCAAUCCGGAAGUGUUUAAGUGUGUGUGGUGCCUCUUUGUGGACACCUUUGCUUGACAGAUCUUACCACGGACACAGACGUCACCGAAGGUGCGUCGUCAUCAUACUGGGAAGCCAAAAGUGUGUAUGUUCCAGAUACUGUUACUGCCUGAUAGUUUUUGUUGUUAAUGUAAUGUUCUACAUUUUUCUUCUCUCAUUUAUUGCCCUUUACAGUUUCAGUUUUGUAUUCUCUUAUUCAGUCAAAGGACUGCACUGCUGAACGGAUCUGCAAAGAGCUGGAACAAAUUUGGGGUGAAUUAUUAUGCCCCGUCCUCUUCAACUCCACACUGCUGGUUGCGCACUGAGUAUAAACCAAGGCCGAGAAGUGGUUUCUUAUAGUAUUUAUCCUUUGAAAACAGGUUGACUGGAACUGUACUGUUUGUGUGUGCCCAAACACACCGAGAUAGACGGACAUGGAAUAAGGCAGAGCCACUUUAGCUUGUUCUGUGACUGGUGAAGGGGUGUAGAAACACUGACAUGUACUGGCCAUUGAGAGAACUGGACCUCUUUUGCAGCAAUGGUGAAAAUGGGUGAUUUUUUUUGUUUGUUUUUUAUUUGCGAUUAUUAUAACGGCCUUUUGGGAUGUUCGAAAAUAAUCAGCCAUGUUCAACUGGUAUAUAUUGAUGAUGAUCAACACUGUCCUUUUGUUGCCAAAGGAGAGAGAGACGUAUUCUGUUUUCUAUCGUACAAAUAUUCACAGCCACAGUACAAGGUACUACCAUGUAUUUCCCAACCGAUAGACUGCUCUCUGUGAAGCUGUUUGCUUCUGAAAGUGAUACUGCACAGAUCGUCAGUGGUGCAUUGGUCUAUUAUCUCCGGCUCAGUCAAACAGGUUUCGAGAGCCCGUCGUAUUGAUAGUUCGGCUGUUGACCGCCGUCUGGAUGUCUCUCUCCUCUCUCUCUCUCUCUCUCUCUCUCUCUCUCUCUCUCUCUCUCUCUCUCUCUCUCUCUCUCUCUCUCUCUCUCUCUCUCUCUCUCUCUCUCUCCUCACACAUAUCCGAUGUUGUUUCUCAGGACUCCCAGCUCACUGGAUCACAGUUCCAGUAUAUCGUAUGUGUGUUGAGGUGAACGCCAGAAGACCAGAUGAGCAAAAAGGACUGCUCCUUGUUCAACAUGAGUUCCUAACAGUCGGCCAGAAUGUUUCUGCAUGUCGGAUUGACUGUUUCUUUGGUGUUGAUACAAUGUCAACGUAUUGGUUCGGUUUUGAGUUUCUCUUUUCUAUUUUCCCGAUGGUCUGGUAGGCACACAGGCCCGGUGGAUUAACAACCCGCCUUCCCAGAACAGUGGUGUUUUCCUCGGGAACAAAACCAGCAGCUAUUCAAAAAGGUUUUUCUCUCUUUUUUUUCUCCCUAUGGCAUGUAUUUGAAGUAUAGUUGAAGAGCAUUAAGAAUAAAUGAGAUGGUUUCUCAAUUUUCAUCUCCACACAAACGAGGUAUCAAAAGUAUUAUUCAUUGUGCCGCUCCAACAAACAGGUGAUAGUGGGGUAAGAUAACUCUCAAAACAGUUCCUAUGCAAAAUCAAAGAGAAAAGAUUUCACUUGCACCAUGCUUCAGUUUUACUAUGAAAGCAUGCAGUUCAGUUAUCUUAUCUUAUUGGGGUAUCCAUUCCUUAUUGUAAAUCUAAUGUUGAAUAUUGUAAUUGAAGAAGGCAUUCACUUGUUUCUUACAGCACUGUAUUUUACUCUAAUUGUACUCUAAAUUAAAUAUUGUUAAGAAAA